UCCUGGUAAUUUUACAACAGUUAUCGAGAAAUUUAAAGAAUCAAAAUAAAAUAUAACCUUGAAUUUAUCAUAAAUAGUGACAGCAAUUGAUAUUAUUUAUUUUUUAUAAUUAAUUACAAAUAUGUUUAUUCAAUUUGAAAGCUCUAGAGUUAAAGAAGCUGAACGUGAAGCUAUAAAAAAAUCACGAGAAAAAAUCUUAGCUGAGGCUGAAGAAAGUUAUCAUCGAAAACAAGCACAAGCUGAAAGAGCUAGACAACGUGGUGAUGACAAAUGGAUGCUUCCUGAAUUAGAUGCAAAGCUUUCAUCUGGAAAAUUAAAAAAGAAAAAGAAAAAAGAGAAGAAAGAAAAAAGAUCUAAAAAGUCUAAGAAGAAGAAAAGAAAACAUAGUACUUCUAGCUCAAGUAGCAGUACCAGUGAAGAUGAAGCUGGUGAGUGGGUUGAGAAAAAUGAUUCGAGUAAAUCAACUGCAGUAUCAUCGAAAGUCGCUGAAGCUGAAAAACUCGAGCGCGAUGAAUGGAUGAAUUUGUCGGGAUCAUUUUUGUGCUCAUCUAGAGACAAAAAACCCAAAGAAGAUAAAAAAGAUACUUGUAUUAUAGCAGAACCUGGACAGAGUUCGAAAGAGUUGAACCCGUACUGGAAAAAUGGCGGGACGGGCUUACCUGAAGAGAAGCAAAUAAAAAAUAAACCUGUGGUUAUGAACCCGGAGUGGCUGAAAAAAAGUCUUCAGAGAGCUCAGGAGCAGGCUCGAGAAGAGGGAAGAAGUCUUGAAGAUAUAGCUGCGGAGAGAUGGGGCUCUUUGGAUCAGAUUAAACGAAUGAUCGAAGAAGCUGAAAUAAAUUCAAAGCCUUAUAAUAAAUCGAGGUAUCAUGAAGGUGACCGUCAAAGAAAAAUUGAAUGUAAGAGAUCACACAGAGAUCGCAGUAGGUCGCGGUCACGAAGUCGUGACCGGUAUCGUCGGAGUUAUGAUGAUAAGUAUAAUCGGGGACAAAAAAAACCAGCAUUCAAAAGACCUGAUGAUAGCAAUGAUGGGUCGAGUUGUCAUUCAGGUUCAAGACAAUCGAGUUCAUCGAAAAACUGGCGGAAACCUGAAGCUAAUGAACGUCUAGCAAGACAGGAAUCAAAUCCUUCUAGUUCCGUAGACAGAAGAUCUGAUUCAGCAGACAGAUCUAGUUCAGUUGACAAAAGACCUAGUCCUGUAAAUACAAGACUGAGUGCAAUCACAUCAACAGAUUAUCAUUCGACUGUACAAUCAUCGUCAAGCGACAGUGAAAUUUCCGAAACUGAAGAAAAAUCUCCGGUAGCUCCGAUUAAAGUUUUAACUGAUGAUGAGUUGAAUCAUCUAGGAGCUAGACUUAUCAAAGCUGAAAUAAUGGGCGAUAUGGAAACUGCAGCGAAGUUGAAAAAAGAACUCGAAGAUGCACGGGGAGCCCGCAAGACUAAACCUCAACCUCGUCAAGACUCGAGAAAAGAAGAAACUGUAACUUUAACCACUACCAACUCCAGAGGCAUGACGAAGAUAUUCGAGACACGAAGUAAAUACCAGGAACCUCAAGGCGGCCGCCGGAAAAAUAAAAAAGUCGAGUCCCACGAAGGAGGGCAAAGAGUUCGAUACUUUGCUGACGAUGACAAAUACUCGCUUCAAGAUAUGUUUCAACGAGAGAAAGGAGUGUCGACUAAUGAAGACGAUGCGGUAUUUGUCAAGAUGGCUUCCAAGAGUAUGGACAUGGACGAAUUGUUCGAGGAACGAAUCACCCGUGGCGAUAGCGACGCGAAAAAAGAUCACCGUGACAAGAUGCGUGCUAUCCAUGAGCACCAAAAGAGGGAAAAGAGUUUGGACAACUGCCGGCUGUGUGUUGACUCCAAGGAGAUGCAGAAACAUCUGAUCGUUGCAUUGGGAUCAAAAGUGUAUCUCAGUCUUCCUUGGCAUGUUUCUCUGACACCCGGUCACUGUAUUAUUGCACCAGUUCAUCAUGUUUCUGCGCAGACGCUUUUGGACGAAGAUGUCUGGGAUGAAUUGAAGGCAAUAAAAAAAGCGCUCACUAAAAUGUUCACGGACAGUAACCAGUGCCCUGUAUUUUUUGAAGUAUUCGUCGGCCGACAUCGUUAUCCCCACAUGUACUUGGAGUGCGUACCCUUACCGGAAGAAGUUGGCAGCAUGGCGCCGAUGUACUUCAAGAAGGCGCUGCUGGAGUGCGAGAUGGAGUGGUCAACAAAUAAAAAAGUUGUUGAUUUAAACAACAAAGAUGUAAGACAAGCCAUUCCUAAAGGUCUUCCAUACUUUGCUGUAAACUUUGGUACCCAAGGAGGAUUCGCUCACGUUAUUGAAGAUGAAAAAUUAUUCCCCAGGAAUUUUGCCCAAGAAAUUAUCGGAGGAAUGCUUGACCUAGACUCUCACAUGUGGAGGAAGCCACGUAAGGAAAAGUUUGAUCAGCAAAAGAAAAAGGUUAUCGAGUUCGCUGAGCAAUGGAAAAAAUAUGACUGCACAAAACAAAAGUAA